CUUACCCCGCCCGAUAUGGAUAUGCUCUAUCCAUUGGUUUUCAAUAAGAAUACCUUAUCUGCUCUUUAGGGGAUGCCGUCAGUCGAGUUGUCUGCUCUUUAGGGGCUCUUUGUUUUUCGCCGAGGAAGUAUUGACAGGUCAAGGUGCACGAGUUUAGCUCAGUGGGUUGGCCUUAUAAAUAGAAGCACGGUGUAAGGCAUCCGCACAACCACACACCACCUCAACAAGAGCCUGUCUUGGUAGGCCAAGAACAUUUGAAUGUAUUUCAGCUUUUCAUUUUGUUUUUGAGAGUAUGAUCUGUGUCUCAUCAAAAUGGAUAACGCAUGUACAGAUUACAACGAUAGGCAGUCAAAUGCUAUCCUUUACAACAUCCUCAAUCGAGAAAAUUCCAGGUCAAGCCACAACAGCCUGAACUACAACUUGAUACCUCAUAGAUGCAACUGCGAGAUACGACGGACAGUGUGCUUGAAAAGUCCAGCAGACAUUUGCCAAGAGGCAUCGGGAGUGCUGGUGAAAACAAUUCACUUUAUGAAGAACUUACCUGCUUUCAACCAACUCCCACUGAACGAUCAACUAUCGCUCCUCCAAAGUUGCUGGGCGCCACUCUUUAUUUUGGGUCUGGCCCAGGAAGGCAUGAACUUUGACGUCAUCGACACCCCUGCCGAUAGCAUGCUGAAAAGAAUCCUCUUGAAUUCUCAAGAGAGCUCAGAGACGGAAAGAGAGCAGCCCACAUUGGCUGGUGUGAACAAACUCAAGUCAUGCCUCAAAAAGUUCUGGAGUCUGGAUUUAAGUCCAAAGGAGUACGCAUACCUCAAGGGCACCAUGAUAUUUAACCCAGAUGUGAAAGACCUAAAGGCAGCUCUAUUCGUGGAGGGCUUACAGCAGGAGGCUCAGCAUGCUCUGAGGGAGGUGGUCCAAUCACUCCACCCUGGGGACCGGAGCCGCUUCGCUCGUAUCCUGCUCGCGGCCUCCAUGCUCAAGACCAUCACACGCAACCUCAUCACCGAGCUCUUCUUCCGUCCUGUCAUUGGCCAAGCAGAUCUACUGGACUUCCUGGUCGAUAUGCUCUUCAGCAGGUAGCUACUGCAAGGCUGAUAUACAGAGACUUGAUAUAAUUUCCCGCUGGGACAAUAAAGUUGAAACUUGAACUUGAGGGGUGUGGGCUCCCACUGAGAGGGAUAUUGAGCCCCCGGGACUGAGUUGGGGUGUCUGGUCAUGUGGUGAAGAGAUUGACAAAUAAGAGCUCGUUAUAAGGGGAAAUAAAUGUGUAUUCUUUAUUCCCAGUAAUAAAUGUCUGACGAAAUAGGAAGAAAAAAAAUGUCUCUGGAAAUUAUGAGAACAGUUUGCUAUUGUUUACAUCCAACUAUGAAUUAGCAACAUUUACUGUAUAUUAGCAACAUUUUUGGUAGAAAAAUGAGGUCUCAAUGGCUGGUAGUUAUAACAGACAUUUUACUGGUUAUAUCAGACAGGCUAUACUACAGUCUACAAUACACAUUCCUUAAAAUCAUGUAUAUUUUGCAGAAUACCGUUUAGAUACAUUGUUUGUUUUCUGUAUGUUUGCAUGAACAAUGUAAAUCAUUUCUGGGACUGCCUCCAGAAUAUUUUCUAUAAAUAUAUUUUUAUACAAU